CCCCGCCCCGCCCUCGGGAUCCUUUAAGAGGCGGGGCUUGGCCGCCGGCCGCGCCGCCCGGGCUCGAGCUGGGACUUUACUCCGGCGGCGGCUGGAACCAGUCUCUGCUCCAUCAGCUGCGGCGACCGCCCGCGCCGGGACUGAGCCACGAUGAGCGGCAGAGUCGGCGAUCUGAGCCCGAAACAGAAGGAGGCACUGGCCAAGUUUCGGGAGAAUGUCCAGGAUGUGCUGCCCACUCUGCCGAAUCCGGAUGACUAUUUUCUCCUGCGCUGGCUCCGAGCAAGAAGCUUCGACCUGCAUAAAUCUGAGGCCAUGCUCCGGAAGCAUGUGGAGUUCCGGAAGCAAAAGGACAUUGACAACAUCAUGAGCUGGCAGCCUCCAGAGGUGAUCCAACAAUAUCUGUCAGGGGGCAUGUGUGGCUACGACCUGGAUGGCUGCCCGGUCUGGUACGACAUCAUUGGACCUCUCGAUGCCAAGGGUCUGCUGUUCUCGGCCACCAAACAGGACCUGCUCAGGACCAAGAUGCGGGACUGUGAGCUGAUUCUGCAGGAGUGUGCCCGCCAGACCACAAAGUUGGGGAAGAAGAUUGAGACCAUCACCAUGAUUUACGACUGCGAGGGGCUUGGCCUUAAGCACCUCUGGAAGCCUGCUGUGGAAGCCUACGGAGAGUUUCUCUGCAUGUUUGAGGAAAAUUAUCCCGAGACACUGAAGCGUCUUUUUGUUGUUAAAGCGCCCAAGCUGUUUCCCGUGGCCUACAACCUCAUCAAACCCUUCCUGAGUGAGGACACUCGUAAGAAGAUCAUGGUCCUGGGAGCAAACUGGAAGGAGGUUUUACUGAAACAUAUCAGCCCUGACCAGGUGCCUGUGGAGUAUGGGGGCACCAUGACUGACCCUGAUGGAAACCCCAAGUGCAUAUCCAAGAUCAACUAUGGCGGCGACAUCCCCAAGAAGUAUUACGUGCGAGACCAGGUGAAACAACAGUAUGAACACAGCAUACAGAUUUCCCGUGGCUCCUCCCACCAAGUGGAGUAUGAAAUCCUCUUUCCUGGCUGCGUCCUCAGGUGGCAGUUUAUGUCGGAUGGGGCAGAUGUUGGUUUUGGGAUUUUCCUGAAGACCAAGAUGGGAGAGAGGCAGCGGGCAGGGGAGAUGACAGAGGUGCUGCCCAACCAGAGGUACAACUCCCACCUGGUCCCUGAAGAUGGGACUCUCACCUGCAGUGAUCCUGGCAUCUAUGUCCUGCGGUUUGACAACACCUACAGCUUCAUUCAUGCCAAGAAGGUCAGUUUCACUGUGGAGGUCCUGCUUCCAGACAAAGCCUCAGAAGAGAAGAUGCAACAGCUGGGGGCAGGCACCCCAAAAUAACGCCUUCUCCUAAAGCAGGCCUGGCCCUUUCAGUGUCUCCCUGUCAAUUUCUACCCCUUGUAGCAGUCAUUUUCCCACAACCCUGCAGCCCAAAGACAUUGGGCUGGAGGAAAGACCUCAGGCUGGAUCUGGGGAGCUUUCAUUUCAGAAUCAGGAAGAAGAGGAGUGGCUGGAGUGGGUCUCCUUGCCGAUCAACUUACUAAGGAGUCCCCAGGGGCUGGCCACUGUGAUAGGAUCUAUCUGUCCUGUAAAGUGUGCCAACUUCACCUGUCCAGUGACAGCUAAGAUAAGAAGCGGGGUACCACGGGGUGGCAGUAGGGAA